CACGCCCCUCUCACGGACAAAAUGGAAGAACACUCACACUGCGUGUUUAUUUGUUUGAGUGCAGUUUACAACACUAAUCAAUCAUACGUUUAGUUCAAACCGAAGUGUGCAUGUAAACGCGGACCGUGCGGAGUGAGCCUGCGGUGAAGCGUGAGUUUAUCAUAUUUCAUUGUGUUCACAGAUCAACGCUCGCUCGCGCCGGAGAGAUGGAGCUUUAGUAACAGCCAUAGACUUCAGUUCAGUUACUCUCUCUCUCUCUCUCUCUCUCUGUCUGCGGUGUGCUGGCUGACUCCUGGUCACAUCAUUCGGGAGUUUAAUGAUGGGUUUUAAUUGUCUAGCAAAUGAAAAUGGAGGACGGCUCCAGCGCUGAGGCCAAGACCUGGGGUUUCCGGCGGAGCACCAUCGCCCGCCGCGAGUUCAUGGAGGCCGUGGCCUCGUCGGACAGCAGCCCCCCCGCCCCGCGGUCCCGGGGUCGACCCAGGGGUCGGGGGCGGGGCAGGGGGCGUGGCCGGGCCAAACGCGCAUCUGAGGCUGGCGGGAGCGCUCCGGCCUGCAAACGUGGCCGCGGGGUGCGAGGACGAGCGCUCACACACACCGCUGAUGAAGAGGAGGAUGAGGAAGGGCUGAGGGGUGUCCCGGCGGAGCUGAACCCGGACGAGGAGCGCGUCAGCGCAGGAGUCUCGUCGGAUCGAGCCGAAGACAGCGAUGAUCUCAAUCUGCAGGAGAUCCGCAAGCGGGCCGUGGCCCGGCGGAUGCAGGAGCAGGGAGACGGGGGUGUAGGGACGCCAGUCCUGAUGGGACAGGAGGAUGGGAGCUGGACAGAUGUCACAGGUGUCCUCACAUCAGGAGCGGGACAGGUGUGCUCUUCAGAUGAGGAUUCAGGAGCGGGACAGGUGUACUCUUCAGGAUUGGGACAGGUCUGCUCUUCAGAUAGGGAUUCAGGAGCAGAACAGGUGUGUGAUUCUGGAGCAGGACAGGUGUGUGAUUCAGAUGGGGAUUCAGGAGCGGGACAGGUGUGUUCUCCAGUCCCUGCUGAGAGAGUGGAGGCGGACUCUGAGGAACAGGCUGGAGGAGAGGUCCAGAUCCCUGAAUCCCGCAGCGAGAGCACAGGUCCGGACGCUGUGUGUGACAGGGUGAUGCUCGGCUGUGGCUCGUCCCGAGAGUGGCGUCACGUGGAGUGUGUGAGCAGCGCAGAGGCUCGUCUCCUGCAGGGCAACAACGAAGAGUUCACCUGUGCCCCCUGCUCACAACAACAGCCGGUGGGGGACGAGCAGCCCCUGGAGGAGGUGAUGGAGAAGGAGAAGGAGGAGGUGAUGGAGCAGGAGGAGGAGAAGGAGGAGGUGAUGGAGCCGGAAGUGAAGGUGGAGGAGAUGAAGGAGGAGUCUGCUUCUCCUACAUGCAUGGGCCCAGGCUGCAGUAACGACGCUCUGCUGGGGUCGGUGUACUGCGGUCAUCAGUGUAUUGUACGGCAUGCAGCGGUGGCCAUGAAGUCUCUCUCUGAACCCAAAACUGAGACCAAACCUGCUGCUCCACCAGCUGGACCGGCUAUCAAGAGCGAGAAACGGUCAUUUCUUGCAAAGCUUUUCAAGGUGAAGAUCAGCAAGACGCCUGCGCAGGAAGAGUGUGUGAGCAAGCCAGAAGAAGCGAGCGAGUCGUCGCUGUGUUCGGACCCGGACCUGCCGGCCACAUCAUCAACUCCUGCUCCAGAUCUCCAACCCACCGUUAAAGACCCCGCUGAGGUGGAGUGCAGUCCCAGCACAGCCCAGCCUGCAGAGACGCCCCCCGCCCCGCUCAUCAAGAGGUCCACUCCAGCCCGAGCCAAGAAGACCAUGCCAGGCUCUCCGCGGCUGGAGCUGCUCAGAGGCGCUCUCAGUAAAAGCCCGCUAGCGUCCUGCAGGAGGCCCUGUGAGGGCAGCACCCCCGUGGAGUCUCCGAGCGGGCCCUCGGCGGACGAGCCUGCGCUGGACAGUCCUCUCCUCAUCAGACAACACAUGCGCCGCCAGCUCAGCAGAGUCUUGCUCAGGUUUAAUCAGAGUGACGAUCUGAACAUCUCUGAGAAUGAAAUUGAGAAGCUGGCUGUGGACAUGGAGAAAGAGAUGUUCAAUGCGUCUUACACUACAGAUGAGGAGUAUAGGAAUAAACACCAGUGCCUCGUCCUCGCCUUGAAAGAUCCCAAAAACAAGGAACUGUGUCAUCAGGUCUUGAAAGGGAACAUGCCUUCAGCCAGGCUCAUUAGUUUGAGUCAGCAGGAUAUGACACGUGUGCAGGACUCGUCCGUCUGUUCUGCGGCUGUGGAGAAACCUCCUCCUGCUGCUGCUCAUGAGGAAGAGGGCAUCGUGGGGAAGAACAUGCUGAACACAAACACUACCUCAGAGGAGAAGCGGUGUGUGUCUCGACCGAAGCCGACUCCUGCGAGGGACGCGAGCUCGGACGCCUCAGGGCUGGUGGACUGCAUGCUGAAAGACUCCACCACAGAGCACAAACGCCAUCUCUUCGACCUCAACUGCAGGAUUUGUACAGGCCAAGUAUCAUCUGAUAACGAUCCUGAAACCAAGAAACCCGAAAUGAAGACGAUGAAGGAUGACAGCGAAAAGGAGGCGUCUUCGUGUGUUGUGGACGUGAGCGCUGAAGCGCUGGAGUCUGCCGUCAUCGAGUCUCCGGCUUCUCCCAGUGCAGAGGACCUCGAGUCCCAGGCGCCCGCUGCCGACUUCUCUCCGGUCCUGAUCCCUGCGGUUCCCACUGUGCCCCUCUCACGGAGAGAUCCUCGGACAGCACAGUACAGGCAGACCCUGCCCUCGUCUGCGGGCCCAGAGUGUGUAUCCACCCCACAGCCGCAGCCAACCAGGCCGGUUAAAGAGACACACACACCACACGUGUCCGGACACCCGCACCUGCAGACACCCAGGCCUGUGCUGGAGCCGGUUAAAGAGACACACACACCACAUCUGUCCACCCCAAAUCAGCACCCGCAGCCAGCCUGGCCGGUUAAAGAGACACACACACCACACGUGUCCGGACACCCGCACCCGCAGACACCCAGGCCUGUGCAGGAGCCGGCUAAAGAGACACACACACCACAUGUGCCCGUGCCCGUGCCCGCUCCGAUGCCCAAGUCUAUCCUCACGAAACCUUCACCAGCUUCACUGGGCGCUUCAUACGGCUCAACCACAAGGCGGGCAGACUGUGAGAAAGGAACAAGACAGUUUUUAUCUAAACAGAACAUUUUAUGGAAAGGCUUUCUCAACAUGCCAACUGUGGCCAAAUUCGUCACAAAGGGAUACUUAAUUUCUGGCUCUGCUGAGUUUCUGAAAGAGGACUUGCCAGACACUAUACAAGUCGGAGGCAGGAUAUUACCUCAAACUGUCUGGGAAUAUGUUGAUUUGAUUAAGACAUCAGAGGCAAAGGAGCUGUCAUUAAUCCGGUUUCACCCAGCCUCUGAAGAAGAGGAGGUUGCAUACGUGUCCCUGUUCUCAUAUUUCAAUAGUCGAAGGAGAUUUGGGGUUGUUUCUAAUAUUUGUAAACACAUUAAAGAUCUUUACCUCAUCCCGCUCUCUACAAAACAGUCCAUCCCUACGGCACUUCUUCCAAUAGAGGGACCAGGGCUUGAACAGGAUCACCCUAAUAUCCUAAUGGGGUUAGCAGUCUGUCAGAAAAUGAAGGGAUUGCCACAAGAUAUUGGUGAAAAGAAGUCAAGGCCCUUGAUUUGUGUGGAUAAAAAGGAAACCGGCAAACCCACCCCACUAAAUGAUCUCGCACCACACAACAUUAAGGGUUGUGAUGCUGAUAUCUUCCUCAACUCAAAUCCUUCUGGAUUACCUUCAGUUGGGUUGCCAGACUCCUCAUGCUCUCUGGACGCCCUGUCUUCUCUCCCGAGAGGGUUUUCUGUGUCGAAACCCACCCCUUCUGUCAAUGCGGGCCCAUCCAAAGACUCCACCAAUACCACCCCACUUCAGACCAUCCUUAACACGUUAUUUGGUCAAAAGAAACAACCCCCUGAUGCCACAGAGUGUAAAAUAAGCUCGUCAACAGAUACGGUUCAGCCUUGUCAACAGAUCAGCAAACAUGAUGAUCCAAUGGAGUUGGGUGAUGAUAGGCCUUACGACCCCGAGGAGUAUGACCCGGCUAUGUCUAAUGGGGCCCUGGUUACUUUUAGUCCAACCCAUGUUGUGGAGCCUGAAGUUUCAUCUGCAGCCCUUGGUGAUGAUGACAGUGAUGAUGAUAGACCGUAUGACCCAGAGGAAGAGUACAGUGCAGUUGCUAAUGUUCAUACUGUCAGAAAUAAUAUACCCAAGACCUCGGAGGCUAAAACUACGGAAGAGUCCUCUAUGGUUACCAGUGAUGUAGCCUAUGAUCCAGAGGAUGAGACUGUGUUCGAGGAGAUGCAAAACUACCUCACAAGUAACUCUUUACCUCACAAACCCACCAUCUCUGAACAUAAAGUUGCCCUUUACAAUGAUAAAAUCUCAAGUACUACAUUCUCGGAGCAGCAAAGAAUUCUUGAAGAGUUGAAUAGGCAGAUAGAGGAACAGAAAAGACAGUUAGAAGAACAGACGGAAAGUCUUCGCCUUCAGAAGGAGGCCAUUGGUGUUUCCAUGGCCCAUUUCUCAGUUUCUGAUGCUCUGAUGUCGCCUCCAACAGCGUUUGGUAGGGAGGAAGAGGAUGAAGUAGAAAAAACACCCUAUUGCCCAAUGAUUAAUCAGAACAGGGAUCCACGCAUGUGUCGGAGAGCAAGCCAGGAUGUGCAAUUUGAUCUUGCUGAAUGCGAAGCUAUAGAAAAAGAAAUUGCACACAAAUUAUUAAACCUGGAAGAGGUCAAGAAUAUAGUGGUGAACGAAGCUUUAAUCACAAAGAAAGAGAAAGUAGAUCUUGAUACGGCAAUGCCAAAAGAAGGGACACCAGAAACUGCACAACUACAGGACACAAAAUGCUCACGUUCAGAGAAAACAGACAGAAAAGGAGGCAGCAGAAGGUCCACAUCAAGCUCAAGAAGGAGGUCGUCGGCCGAACACAAGUCACACCACAAAGACCGAGCGUCGCACACAGCUAGAGCCUCUAAGGACGUCCCGGAGAAAGCCCACCGAAGCCGUUCGUCUGCAGAGCGGUCCUCUCGAGGGAGUCACAGCGACCGGAGGAGAGAGGCGUCUUCACGGACACGUCAUCGGCACCCCCACAGGGACUCGUCGUCGCCCUCGCGGCACCGAAGGAGACGCCGCCACUCCACGCCCUCACGCUCCAGCCGGAGGAACAGGUCUGCACUGGACGACAGUGGCCCGUCCCGAAAGACCGAGCAAGAACCUGGCCCGUCCCCAGAGCGCAGCGCUCAGUCCUCAGUACAGGGAUCUGACCCGCUGCCAGGCAGGGAGGGCAUGCAACACACAUCGGGACACAGUGAGAGUGCUGGGAAAGACAAGCAUUUGGCCGGGGUUCAGCAAGGGGGUCCUUUAAAUAGAAAGCAUGAGGCUGAGCAAAGACUUCAGACAUUCCAGAAUCCAGAUUGUUCUCCGCUGCUAUUGAAGAAGUCAUUUGACCAAAGCCAGCCGUUUUCUAGACGAUCUGAAAUAAUGAGAGAUCAUUUGCCCCCGAGCAGAAUCGACUCGUCGUCUAAAGAAGGACCACUCCUGCCCGAGACGGACCUACCUUUACUCAGAGUUAAACCAGAAUCACAGACACACACGUUUAAGACCGAGUCCAUCAGUCCGCCACACAACCGAACGGCUCACUUUCCCGAGCCUGGCCAGAUCGAGCAGCAGAGAGGCAUGCCGUCAGUUCAGAGGCCGAAUUAUUUAAAGAAUGAGACGGACCAAUUACAUCCAGGAGACUACACUCAAAGGGCUUUCCAUUCGCAACACAGACGUUUAUCUCAACCCGACUCCUACUGCGGAGAACUGCCUCGAAAUAAAAGAGACCGCUUUUUUAUGCACGACAGUCAACCUCAAAAAGAGGAGGAGUUCUCCCCAAGGGAGCAUGAGCACCAAAAACAUCCACCCCACAUGCUCAGGAGAUUUCCACACGGAGAGAACGACCAGGUCCAUCAAGCACAGAAACCCAGGCCUGCCCAGUCACACGAAGGCAAUUUUCCUGAAGAACCUGAAACUGAUAGAUUAGCUCACAAAAGAUUUAGACCUUACACGCAGGAGCAAAACUUUCAUAAGGACGAACCUGUCCAGUUUGAGCGAAGAGAGUCGAUAUUGGGGCCUGUCCCUGUGCACAAGGGCGAUUUCAGGCCUCCUGGUCCCAGAGAGCGUUUCCAGCCCCCGUUUGAGAAGUGGGAGCCAUCAGGAGAGCCCCCGCCUGUGUCCGUGAGGAAACCGCGACGGCCUCGCUUGGGCCAGUCCUCGGGCUUUGAAGCGAGUGGACAUGAUAUGUGUGAGCCACAAGGUCCUGACUGCACUCAGGCGUUUGCAGAGGAGGCAGAAGAUCCAAGAGCUCAAACUUGUUUUCCAAGACGGGGUGCACAUGCUCAAAACCCGCACGGCCCGUUUGAAGGACAGCGAUACCCUGAGGGUCCACCGAGAGGGUUUAGAGGACAAAGACGGGGUGUCCGUGGGACUUGUUUUGCAAGAGGUCAUCCAAUGAAUGAACAGAUGAGGGGACCUCGCUUUGAUUCUCCGCAGCAGUUUCUGGGCCAAAGAGAGCCUGCUCCUGAUGGACCGAGAAGACCUUCACCUCAAAACUGUGAGCGUUUCGACGAGCAUUCAUCUGGCUUUCCCAACCAUUCCACUACCACUCAUUUUAAAAAAACACUACGUCAAAAUCCAUGCGAGGUUCAAAACUUAGGGCAGCCACCUGCACCUUUUGAGCGCCAACCGAGGCCGACGAAUAUACGCCCUCCAAGACGAUCCGGUCUGCUGCCCACUCCCCCUGGAAGCCCGAUUAAUCUCAGCGCUGCCCUGGUGCACAGACGCGGCUCCCACGGUGAGUGUGAGCGGGCACCGGCACACGGGCCACCGGACACCAUUCGUGAAGAGAACAACAGUUUUAAACGUCCGCUGCGUGAUCACUCAGAAGGUUUGCUUCAGGAAGAAGGGUAUGAGAGCAGACCGGCAGACCCGAGUGUUCGGAACAGGAGUUACGGACCAGCCUGCCGGAGGUCACGAGGACGGGGCGUUAGAUUUAGAGGUGAAAAAAGGCCAGAUAUGUGGAGAUAGGAAAAUAGUGGAGAUGUUGAUUCGGAGCUGAGCAGUCGAGAUGUGAUCUUGUUAUAAGCCUGCACAUUGAUGGAUCUCAAUCAGAAAAGAUUGUUCUGUAAAGUGCAGCAGUUUUUUUUUUUGAUGAAUCUGUUUGGUGUUUCUUGAUUGAAGGUUUGUUCACCCUGCCAUAUCAACUUACUCUAAGUUGAUUGCUGAAAAAUAAACUUUGUUUUGUUUUGUGGAAGCAGGACAUGUUCAUGUAAACUACUGAGAAAAGUCUGUGAACGUUUUAUUAUUAUUUUUUUUAUCUCUUGCAUAUAAAAAUGUUCUCAUGUGCUAUAUCUAGCAGUGUACAUUUAUGUUCAUAGAUUUUUAAGUACUUUUCUAAAUGUACAUUUGUAAUUAAUUCAGUAUUUCAAAAAAAUGGAGCCUUGUCUAUUUCCACUGAUUUCAUUUAGUAAAGAACUGAACCACGACGUC